AUGAAUUUCUCCAGCAGUAUUGACAGCUACGAAGAGAAUGUUUCGCUGAGAAACGUAACCCAACUGAACACAUAUGUGACAUUCCCUUCAAAGAUUCAUGACACCUUGACGAACCUCGAUUUGGAGGUGCGGUAUAUCUGGAAGGAGCCGUGGAAUUGCGUCAAGGUGCUGUAUCUAUGGACGAGGUACGCGACCUAUGCUAAUCCGAUAGUUGGGCUUGUGUACAGGAUCGAUACUUUUGGGAUUGUAGUUUCCGAACAUUCCAACGAGAUAAAAGUGGUACUAGGGGUGCGGACGUGGGCUUUAUGGCGUCAAAGUCGCAAGGUUGCAACUAUAAUCAUGGCCGUGUAUACUUGCAAGAUCGUUGUAGUGAUCUUCCUUAUGAACAGGUUCUUGCAAGAGACAACAAUCACGUCAGUACCCGGACAUCCCGGCUGCUUUGUGAUUGGAAACGGUGUGCUGUUGAGAGUGGUCUGGUCCACGAUACUGUUUGCGGAAUCAGUUUGGAUUACAUUUAUGGUUGUCAAGUUUUUCCACGAUUGUUUCUUUUACUACGUGCUACUAUCAGUGUUGGUUAUUGUUGUGAUUGCACCAAGACAAUCGACUGACAGUCCCAUUGCAGAGUUCAACUUUGGAUCUGACGGUUGUACUUUGCACACCUGCACGCAUUAUGUGCUCCGUGUUCAUUGCUCACCUGAUGAUCCAUUUAAGAAGGGCAGCCGACCCAGAAUCGAACUCAGAGACUGUAACAACCGUCAGCGGAUUGAUUUUCCGAGAGGCACACGAUAUUAG